CUGCUUCCGGUUUUGUACUUCUUCGUCCAUAGGGCGAAUCUGCGUCUGCUGGACUUCAUGCACUUGUUUUACGCACUUUAUUCCCUUUCCACAUGCCUUUAACUUUCCGAGCUUGAGCUUUAAAGAGAUGUUAAUAUUUGGGAAACACUAAAUCAUCAGAAUGGCUCUGAGACACCUGUCAGUGAAGGCUUUCCUUUUUCUCGGCCUUUGUCAAAUUGGACGAAGAGGACUUGCCUCUGCCCCUGAAGUCAGAGAAGCGCCCAGAAAAAUCGCAAUAAUUGGAGGUGGUAUUGGAGGCACAGCAACAGCAUUUUUCUUGAGGCAGGAGUUUGGACCUGCUGUGAAGAUCGAAGUGUUCGAGGCAGGGACUGUCGGAGGUCGUCUGGCCACUGAGAACAUUGGAGGACACGAAUAUGAGACUGGAGGAUCCAUCAUUCACCCGCUCAACCUGCAUAUGAAACACUUUCUGGACAAACUCGGUCUGUCUGUUCGUGCGGAUGUUUCUUCUAAAAUGGCGAUAUUUGACGGGAAGGAACUGACCUUUGAAGAGAGCGACUGGUACUUAGUGAAUGUCAUACGCAUGCUGUGGAGAUACGGACUCAACUUCAUUCGAAUGCAUAUGUGGGUGGAGGGCAUUCUGGACAAGUUCAUGAGGAUAUAUCAGUACCAGCAGUUCAGCUACUCGUUUUCUAGCGUGGAGAAGAUGUUGCAUGCCAUGGGUGGAGACUCGUUUCUCACUCUGGUCAAUCAGACGCUGGAGGAGGCCAUGCUGGCUGAGGGCUUCUCUCAGGUCUUCCUCAAUGACAUUGUUACCCCUGUCACACGAGUCAACUACGGACAGACUGUUCGAAUCAAUGGAUUUGUAGGUGCUGUUUCUCUAGCAGGAGCCAGCUCAGGUUUGUGGGCUGUGGAUGGAGGGAAUAAGUUGGUUUGUUCUGGUCUUCUGUACCACAGCAAAGCUGAAGUUGUUCCAGCUCGUGUGACUGCCAUCUCCAUGAAGACCAGGCCAUCCAAAACUGGUCCUGUCACAAGUUUCUAUGAAGUAAACUACAUCGGAGAGUCUGGUGCUGCCCAUUCCACCUACGACAUAGUUGUAGUUGCCACACCUCUCCACCAGGGCCUGUCGGACAUCAACUUCUCAGGCUUCUCUCCACCCAUUCCGUCCCACUUUCCUGGUCGAUACCACCAAACUGUUGCCACGUUGGUACAUGGUCUGCUCAAUGUGUCUUAUCUGGGCACCACACUCAAGCCAGAAGACUUCUACAUUUCAGACGUCCUCACACUAGACAAAAAAGCCUCAGAGAUCCACAGCCUGAGCUCUCUGGACCCGGUGAAAAUCCCCAAAGGUUACACUCGCAGUUCUGCCACACAAAGCAAAGUGUGGAAGAUCUUCUCCUCCCAGCCGCUUUCCGAGAAACACCUACAGCAAAUCUUUCUGUCCCAGGAAUCUGUGUUUGAGAAGCGUUGGCUGGCAUACCCUUCAUACAGCCCACCGCAGCGUAGGACGCCUCCAUUCAUCCUUCACGAUCGCCUCUAUUACCUCAAUGCAGUGGAAUGGGCAGCCAGUGCCAUGGAGAUGAGCGCGAUUUCGGCCCGUAAUCUGGCCCUGCUGGCUCAUCAUCGCUGGUACGAGCAAACUGCCAAAAUCGAUCAAGAGGACCUGCACACCAGACUCAGAGGAGAACUUUGAUGAAGGUACAAGUAGUGCUGUUAAAAAUACCAACUGCUGUUUAUCAUUGAUCAAUUUCUAGCUGACAUUUGAGUUCUCAAAGAGCUUGUUUACCCCAAAAAUAAAACUAACUCAUUAUUAAC